ACCAGUUGGCAGUUACCAUUCUUCCUAGCUAUUUUCUGACUGUGUGUUAGCUUAUCAAGUGCUGACGUUGGUCUUUUUAGUAGACGACGCAAAAUGGUGCAAUAUACGCAAGAGACGUAUCUGUACGAUCCGAACGUGCUGCUGAAGCUUGACUUUCAUCGCAGCCCAGCUAAAUUUCAGCCUUUCAUCUCGGCUGCCAAUCCGGGAGAGUCGUGGCUGCGGGUGCGCCCAUUAAAGGAUACGGACUAUGAUCGCGGCUUUCUGCAGCUACUCUCUCAGCUCACGAAUGUGGGCAAUAUAACACGCACACAAUUUCUGACACGCUUCUCGCAGAUGAAGGCCAGCGGUGAUUACUAUGUGACGGUCAUUGAGGAUACACGGAAGGGCGAGAUAAUUGGUGCUGCCUCGCUCAUCAUUGAGCGCAAGUUUAUACACAAUUGUGCAGUGCGCGGACGUCUUGAGGAUGUAGUGGUGAAUGACACGUAUCGUGGCAAGCAGCUGGGCAAGCUCAUUGUUGUUACCGUGUCGCUGCUAGCCGAAUACCUUGGCUGCUACAAAAUGUCGCUCGACUGCAAGGACAAGCUCAUCAAAUUCUAUGAAUCUCUGGGCUAUGUUCUCAUACCCGGCAACUCAAAUUCUAUGACCAUACGCUACGACGAGGAUACGCCAACAUUAAAGCGUAACUCCACAUCGGCUGCCACUGGCGCGGCAGGCGAUGCGUACCAAACUGUCGUUGUUAUAAUGCCCUUCAAGAGCACGUUCAUCAAAUAGCCAUCAUUUUUUACAAAAAGUAUAUAUAAAUAUAAUUAAAAAUAAACAACUAA